AUGACUGACGUGGCUAAUAACGUAUUAAAAUCAAAGUUGGACGAUUUUUUCAAAAAACAACCUGAUCAAUCUAAGGUUUUUGAGCGGUAUUUUCCAACUGAGCAUCAAUAUUAUCUGUUUAGAAAGCUCAAAAUGACGCUGAUAUAUUCAAAGAUUUGUACGGCCAAUAUUUGGAUGAUCAGCAUUUUAUCGACUGGAAUUCGUGGAAGUUUAUAAAGAAAGAAUCGCAAGUGACUAUUGAGAAUAUUGCUCCAUUUGAUGAAUCUAGGUGCGCUAUCAACUUUUUUGAAUCACAUUACACAAGGAGAUAAUUUCAGAGUUACUGUCUUGAACAAGCUCGCUGUCAUCAAGCUAAACGGUGGACUUGGAACCACAAUGGGUUGCAAGAAGGCUAAAUCUCUUAUUGAAGUUAGAGAUGGCUUCACGUUCAUGGAUUUGGCUGUUCUUGAGCAUGAUGUAACAGUCCAAUCUGUUAGCCUCUUAUUCUAACUGAUAUUUUGCAGAAAAUGUGCAAAACAUUUGGGGUAACAACUCCUUUGUACCUCAUGAACUCAUUUUAUACGGAUGACGACACUAAUGAGUAUCUGAAGGAGAAAGGAUACAAGAAUGUGCGCACAUUUGUGCAAUCCAAGUGCCCACGUUUGAAUGCGCAGACAAAACUGCCGAUUGAAGAUGACACGCAGGAAUGGGGAGACGAUGCGUGAGUUUUUGUGCUCCAGUCAGAGCUGGGCACAAGGCCGGCCCAAGCUUUUAGAAGGCCUGCCGAGACUUUUGUCCCAGUUGCAAUAAUUUACCAAACAUUAACUUUGCAUGUCCUUUGGGCUCAUGUUUCGGACCAAUCGAAUCAUUUACUCAGGAUAUAUGGGUAGCAGAGACCAAAAAUGCCGCAAUUUUCUCAAAACCCGGUACUUUCGGGUUCAAAUUAGUAUAUCUUGGGACCAGAUAAUCCGAUCGGUCUGAAUCUUAGACCCAAUAUGCUUCAAUCCAGUUCUAAGAAGAGUGAAGAGUUUGGGUCCAAUCGGAACAUUGCAAGUGGGUCAAAAGUACUGGUCUUCGAAAAACAUAGGUUUCCGGUUAUCCAAUUCUGAAGUGACUGCAAUGACAAUUGAAAUUUUGGUUCUUUUUCAGCUGGUGCCCACCAGGACAUGGCAACAUUUUCCAAUCGCUGCAGAACAGUGGAGUUUUAGAUCAACUCUUGGCCGAGGGACGGGAAAUUGUGUUUAUUGCUAAUAUUGAUAACACGGGAGCAAACACCUAUUUUCCGAUUGUCCAGUUAAUGGUUGAUCAACCCGUAGACUACAUUAUGGAAUGCACCAACAAGACUAAAGUUGAUAUCAAAGGAGGAACUCUGAUUGAGAUCAACAACCAAAUGAUGCACUUGGAAAUGCCGCAAGUCCCACCGGAGCAUCUGCCUGAUUUCUGCUCCACAAAAGUUUUCAAGUGAGGCUUCGUUCUUAGUUACUAUAAAAUAUUUUUAUUACAGAAUUUUUAACACGAAUAACAUUUGGGUGAACUUGUCAGCCAUCAAAAGAUUGUUACCAAACAUUCGAAGUGAAAUUAUCGUGAACAAGAAGAAGGUUCGGGGACGCGACGUUCUUCAGUUAGAGUUCUCAAUUGGUGGAUGUAUCAAAAACUUCACAAACGCCCUCUGUGAGUUUUCUCUAAGAAACUUUAUGGAAAAACCUUAUAAUAUUCUAAAUUUAUCACAUUUGCAGGCGUCCAUGUCCAGCGAAACCGCUUCCGUCCCGUUAAGAAUCUUGGCGACCUGUUGUCUCUUCGCUCUUCCAUCCACGAACUGAACCGUUCCACUUACACUAUCCACCACAACCAUGACAUGGGAGACCCGCCAGUCAUUAACCUCGACCCCAAAGUGUAUUCGAGUGUGGAACAGCUCGACAAGCGGUUUCCAUACUCGUUAAACAUGCGGAACUGCACCGAGUUCAAUGUGUCUGGAGAUGUGUAUUUCGGCAGGAAUGUGCGUCUUCAUGGAAGAGUGACCAUCCGAAAUGAGAAGGAGGAACCGAUUCAUUUGCCAAAUGAUAUUAGAAUUGAGGAAGAAACCAAGAUUUUCAGGUGAUUUUUUUUAAAUCAUUUUCUUAUAUUUUUCAACUGUUUCUCCGUAAUUUGUGUGGAUUUAUUUAGAUAA